GCUCCUGCCGGCGAAGGGAGGAGAGGCGAGGAAAGAGAAGGGAGCGCGGCGGCUGCUGUCACAGUACCGUCUCUUAGCGGGGCAAGGCUGCCAAGCUGAGGUGGCCGCACCGGAGAGCGCCGCUGCCGACCCCGUCGUGAGGAUAAGGGCGCGGGAUAGAGAUUCAGCCAGACGUCAGACCUCGGCUAGAGACAAGAGCCAGCCUCUCGGAGCACGCCAGUGUGUGCGUGUGUGUGUGUCCUGUGCGCGCGUGUGUGCGUGUGAAAGAGCUCGCCUUGCUCGGAGCGUUUGGCGAAGCACGCGAGUUUUCGCAGUCGUCGGAGAGGGAGGCGGCGGCGAAAAGGACGCGGCGGCGACGGCAAGAUGCUGCAAUUGGGCAAGGUCAGGACCUUGCAUUGAAGCAGCAACGGGGGGCGCGCAGCCACCUCCCCUCCAGCCCACCUUGAGGAUUUGCCUUUUGUUGUUGGUAUAUGCUCGGGAAGCAGCAAGCAAGGGCGACGGCGUUGGGAGCUAUGCCUGUUCCUGACCAGCCAUCGUCAUCGGACAAGACAAGUUCCCUUAGCCCCGUGUUGAAUACAUCCAAUGGAGAUGGAUCUGAAACAGAAACCACGUCUGCCAUUCUGGCAUCAGUCAAAGAACAAGAGUUGCAGUUUGAAAGGCUUACACGAGAACUUGAAGCUGAACGUCAGAUUGUGGCCAGCCAACUGGAGAGAUGUAAACUUGGAUCUGAUACUGGAAGCAUGAACAGCAUUAGUUCAGCUGAAGAACAAUUUCACUGGCAAACACAAGAUGGUCAAAAGGAUAUAGAAGAUGAGCUUACAACUGGUCUUGAACUUGUGGACUCUUGUAUUAGAUCUCUACAAGAAUCAGGAAUACUUGAUCCGCAGGACUAUUCAACUAGUGAAAGGCCCAGCCUUCUAUCCCAGAGUGCACUUCAGCUCAAUUCCAAAUCGGAAGGAUCUUUCCAAUAUCCAUCAAGCUACCAUAGCAACCAAACCCUAGCCCUUGGAGAAGGAACAGCAUCCCAGCUCCCAGCCCGCAGCAGUCAAGCUAGAGCUUCUCUACAGAACUAUGGUCAGGGCACCACUGGCCGGACUGCCCACCUCGCCACUUCGGAGCCGCCGCCACUCCCGUCGCAGUCGCUGCCCAGGGAGACCUUCGCGCCCAGCCAUGGGAGCGCUUUCCACUUGCCGGACUCCUGCUCCUCCUCCUCGCAGCAGCCACACUCGCCGGCCCUCUACUACUCCAGCUCCACGCUGCCGGCGCAGAGAGUGAGCUCGCCCUUGUCCAUGCAGCAGGUGGGCUCGCCUACCAAGCUCCAGCGGGCGGGCUCCGCCUCCGAGAGCGGCGGCGGCUACGGCACCACGCAGCGGGUUUCCUCUCCCAAGCAGUCGCCCAGCCGCCUCGCCAAGUCCUACAGCACCAGCUCGCCCAUCAACAUCGUCGUCUCCUCGGCGGGGCUCUCGCCUUCCCCGAUCCGGGUCACCUCCCCUCCCACCAUCCAGUCCAACAUCUCCUCUCCCAUUCAUCAGCUGAGCUCCACCAUCGGCACCUACGCGACCCUCUCGCCCACCAAGAGGUUGGUCCACCCUUCCGAGCAGUACAGCAAACAUUCCCAGGAACUAUACGCCACGGCCACUUUGCAGAGACCCGGAAGCCUAGCAGCUGGAUCCCGGGCUUCAUACACAAGUCAACAUAGCCACCUGGGCUCAGAACUAAGGGCACUACAAUCUCCAGAGCAUCACAUAGAUCCUAUUUAUGAGGACAGAGUGUAUCAGAAGCCGCCUAUGAGGAGUCUCAGCCAGAGUCAGGGAGACCCUCUUCAACCAGCACUUACAGGCACAUAUCGCACUAGCACAGCCCCAUCUUCCCCUGGUGUCGACUCCGUACCCUUACAGCGCACAGGCAGUCAACUCGCCACACAGAAUGCAUCAGCGACCUUCCAGAGGGCCAGCUAUGCUGCCGGCCCUGCCUCCAAUUAUGCAGAUCCCUACCGACAGCUGCAGUAUUGUCCUUCUGUUGAAUCACCAUACAGCAAAUCUGGACCAGCCAUCCCACCUGAGGGAACCUUGGCUAGGUCACCUUCUAUUGAUAGCAUUCAGAAAGAUCCCAGAGAGUUUGGAUGGCGAGAUCCGGAACUUCCAGAAGUUAUUCAGAUGUUACAGCAUCAGUUCCCCUCUGUACAAUCUAAUGCUGCUGCUUAUUUACAGCAUUUAUGCUUUGGCGACAAUAAGAUAAAAGCUGAGAUAAGAAGACAAGGAGGGAUACAAUUACUGGUGGAUCUAUUGGACCAUCGAAUGACAGAAGUCCACCGUAGUGCCUGUGGGGCUCUGAGGAACUUGGUAUAUGGGAAAGCUAAUGAUGACAACAAAAUUGCUUUGAAAAACUGUGGGGGUAUUCCAGCACUAGUACGAUUACUCCGAAAGACUACAGAUUUGGAAAUCAGAGAACUAGUCACAGGGGUUCUCUGGAAUUUAUCUUCUUGUGAUGCACUGAAAAUGCCAAUUAUCCAGGAUGCUCUAGCAGUGUUGACCAAUGCAGUGAUCAUUCCUCAUUCUGGAUGGGAAAAUUCCCCCCUUCAGGAUGACCACAAAAUUCAACUUCAUUCAUCACAGGUGCUGCGCAAUGCCACUGGGUGCCUAAGGAAUGUCAGCUCUGCUGGAGAAGAAGCUCGGAGAAGAAUGAGAGAAUGUGAUGGACUUACUGAUGCAUUGCUUUAUGUGAUUCAGUCUGCUCUAGGAAGCAGUGAAAUUGAUAGCAAGACCGUUGAAAACUGUGUGUGCAUUUUAAGGAACCUCUCAUAUAGACUCGCUGCAGAAACAUCUCAGGGACAGCAAAUGGGGACUGAUGAACUUGAUGGUUUACUUUGUGGUGAUGCCAAUGGGAAAGAUGCUGAAAGCUCUGGAUGCUGGGGGAAGAAAAAGAAGAAAAAGAAAUCUCAAGAUCAGUGGGAUGGAGUUGGUCCCCUCCCUGACUGUGCAGAACCACCAAAAGGAAUCCAGAUGCUAUGGCACCCAUCCAUAGUCAAACCCUACCUCACACUUCUCUCUGAGUGCUCAAAUCCAGAUACACUAGAAGGGGCAGCUGGUGCACUACAGAAUUUGGCUGCAGGUAGCUGGAAGUGGUCCGUAUAUAUUCGUGCUGCAGUACGGAAAGAAAAAGGCCUGCCUAUACUAGUAGAACUUCUUCGAAUAGACAAUGAUCGGGUGGUAUGUGCGGUUGCAACAGCUUUACGGAAUAUGGCCUUAGAUGUCCGAAAUAAAGAACUAAUAGGCAAGUAUGCCAUGCGGGACCUGGUUCACCGGCUUCCAGGAGGUAACAACAGUAACAGUUCAGCAAGCAAAACCAUGUCUGAUGAUACCGUAACUGCCAUUUGCUGCACCUUGCAUGAAGUCAUCACAAAAAAUAUGGAAAAUGCCAAGGCCUUACGAGAUGCAGGAGGAAUUGAGAAACUUGUUGGCAUUUCCAAAAGUAAAGGAGACAAGCACUCACCAAAAGUAGUGAAGGCAGCAUCUCAGGUCUUAAAUAGCAUGUGGCAAUACAGAGAUCUGAGAAGUCUAUACAAAAAGCGGGUGGCCCCAGACUUCAGAGUGGCUGAGGACAGAGGAUUUUCACCUACCCAUCAUUCUGAGUCAUGGCACGCUCAGCAUUCCCUCUCCCAGAACCAAGAAACCAGAAUCUAUUCCCAGACCCAGGAUGGAUGGUCACAGUAUCAUUUUGUAGCUUCAUCAUCAACGAUAGAGAGGGAUAGGCAAAGACCCUAUUCUUCCUCACGCACGCCUUCCAUCUCUCCGGUGCGCAUGUCUCCCAACAAUCGUUCAGAUGGACUUAUCCAGCAUUCUGACCCAUUGCCUAGAGGAAAAACUAAGACCUUACAGAAGGCCAGUAGACCAACAGGGCCUGAAGCAGUGCUUUACAUUCAACCAAGCAAUUCAGCAAGUGCCCCAGCCUCCCCUCGGGAAAUGAUCAGUUUAAAAGAAAGAAAAACAGAUUAUGAGUCAACUGGAACAAAUGCUACCUACCAUGGGAAUAAAGGAGAGCAUACUUCUAGAAAAGACACCAUGACAGGUCAGAACUCUGGAAUCUCUACUUUGUAUAGAAAUUCUUACGGUGCACCUGCUGAAGAUAUCAAACACAACCAAGUUUCAACACAGCCGGUCCCACAGGAGCCCACAAGAAAGGAAUACGAACCAUAUCAGCCAUUUCAAAAUUCAUCAAGAAACUAUGAUGAGUCCUUCUUUGAAGACCAAGUGCAUCAUCGCCCACCUGCCAGCGAGUACAAUAUGCACCUGGGACUCAAGUCCACUGGCAACUACGUUGAUUUCUAUUCUGCUGCUCGGCCCUAUAGUGAACUCAAUUAUGAAACAAGCCACUAUCCAGCCUCUCCAGAUUCCUGGGUUUGAGAUUUGGGCAAGAAAAAAAGAAGAGGUCCAGGAACUGUGCAUGUGCAUGCAUAUCACAAGACAUUCUUUUCCUGCAAAUUUAGUUUGUUAAAGCCUGUUCCGUAGGAAGGCCCUAAUACUCAGUCUGGAACAAUUAAGGUAUCUUUAGAUGGCUAAAAGAAUGGGAAACUAAGCGUGGGAGUGUUAUUAGAAAGAGUGGGAUGUGUAUCUAUUUCUGUAUCUAUAGAAUCCUAUCUCUUAAAUAUAGAUAUAGAAAUAUACCGGGGGGAGGGCAGCUUUGCAGUUGACCUUGUAAUGUAGAGUUUAAAACAAAUAGUACUGUACACUGAAUGUGGCUGAAGGAAGUUAGGGAAGUUACAACCACUGAAGUGAGUCCAGAGUUAAGCACAAGAAAAUGAACAGUUUACAAACCUUAUGGGGGACAGCUUCUCACCCUUUGUUUCCUCUCUUCAUCCAUUGUGAAUUUAGGCUUCAAGUUGCAUUUGGGAUUUCCUCUGUACAGCAAGAUGUUUCUUGCCUUUUGUUAAUGCAUUGUUGUAAAGUAUUUGAUGUACAUUACAGAUUUAAAAACCAGAGAGAAAGAGAAAGCAAAGUGCAUUGUGUAUAUUACAUCAAUGCCACAGUGUUUCUUCAUCUAUGGUUCUAAAUAUUGCUUCAAUUACACAACUUUGAAAUAUGUAUGAAUUUCCAGGGGUAGGGGAGGGUUUUUUCUUUUUUCUUUUUCUUUUCCUUUUUUUCUUUUCCCCAGUAUGUUUUAACAGGAGAAAACAAAAACUGAUAUUUAGCAGUAUUGUUCGUUCUGAUAUGUGAAUUUGUUUGUGGCAACUAAAAAAAAAAGGCAUUCAGCAGUUUCUGACAAUUAACAUUCAUCAUUCCACACUCCUUGUCAACAAAGUGCUUUUUCACUGCCUAAAAUUUUAGAUGUAGAUAUUUGAAAUAGAUUUUUUUCAUUUAUACCAGUUUUCUUUAUGAUGAUACAGUGUUAAAAGAAAAUAAAUUACAAUUGAUCUGUCAUCCAUAUUUGCUAAGAAUGUCUAUUUCCAAGAUCCUUAAUCAAAAUAUACAUUCUUGCUCAUGUAUGUACGUGUGUGUCUGUCCUCAAAACAUGUGCAUACUAUUUUGUGUGUAUGUUUGUGCAGCAUAAAAUUGUGUUCCAUCAUGGUGUUGCCAGACAUAAUAGAAUUAUGUUUUGUGUAUAAGAAUAUGGUGGCCUUCAGAUGAAAUUAAUUUUGCACGCUCAUACACAAAAAGAAACAAGUGUAUAGGCUUGUGUAGCAAUACAUUUGGGUGUUGUUUUUGUUGUGUCUCUGCUUUGGGUGGAAGACAUUAUUGUAGACCUUUCUAAUAUUUCAAGCCAAAAUGUUGAAUGGGAGAGGAUGUUUUACACUAGUAGAGUUGUUUCCCCAAUCUGAUAGGGAAGAGAUCUAUGUUCUGCUGACACUUCUAGUAAAGAAAGCAAAGGAUGGGAUAGGAAAGGAAAAGGAGACGGAAGGCAGGAAAAACUAUGUAACUUUCAUUAUUACAGCAGCCCCCUAAGUGAAAAAUGACAUCUGGGGCAUUGCUUGAGAUGCUCUGCUGGCUCUAAAGUAAACCAGUCCAGCAGAAGAAUAAACAAAUUUCAUAGAAAGCUCAAAACAUAGUGGUGAGUUCUAAUUUAUAUCCUAAUCGAUCCAUUUCCAAAUAGUAUAGAAAAUACCAAACACUGUCAGUAUUCAACACAUAUCUAAACAAAUUUAACAAAUGGGAGAAGCCUGGUCUACAUGCAAGAAAAAUUGGUAAGUAUAAGCAAUCCUCUGUAGUACUUCAGAGAGUAUUGUAGUCAUUCUCUUCCAUCCUGUGGUGGUGCAACACAUCACCUUCAUGUGUGAAGGCCAUCUGACACCGGCAAUAACUUAGAUGCAGCAUUGCCCAUGAGAAAGAACAAUAAUCUCUGGUUAGCCAAAUAAUUUGAGGCAGACCAGAAAAUGGUAGGAUAAUCAGAUGUUCAGCUGUCCAAUUGUUGUUAAGUUAGAGUAGAAUUCAAUUAACACAUACUGCAAAAUUAAUCUGAAUUAUUUUAAUAUCUGGUAAUUGAUGAUCAAGUGAUAAGACCUGCAGGACAGAACUCUUUUGAGGAUGUCAUUUAUCUAAGGUUCAGGCUAAAUUUUGUUUUAAGAAACAAAGACAUUUUUAAAUCUAUGGUCAUAGUUUCAGCUUUGGUAAUUUUUUACCUUCAAGUGACUAAAUAUUUCUGAGUUGUUAACUCAGAGCAGAUACAACAGAAACAAAGGCAUAUCCAUAAACAGGAUUUACUGGUCUUUAAAAAAAAGUAACAAAUUACUGAAUUAAAAUUUGAAUUUUAGCGUAUGAUACAUCCCUACGUUUGGUAGUAUUUUGUUUAACAGUCAUGCAGAUAUUUGUUUUAAAUGAAGGGGCGGUUGGAGCCCAGACACUGUAUUUGUUGCUUGCUUAAAAUCUUGCAAGAACUGGGCAGCAAAUAUUACACUCGCAGCAAGUGUAAAUCCCUUGCUAUCUCCCUAAAUCCACAGCACCCUCCAUUUCUGCUAGGCAACUUCUCAUUCUGAAGUCUUCCAGAACUUCAGAAAUUAUUGCAAAUGUAGCGCAAGCAACUGUGUUAGUUGAACCCUUGACUGCUGAUCCUUUUCCAGUCUGUUGUGUCUGUCCCAUUACUAAUAUACUGUAUAAUCAAAAGUCACCAAUGUGACGGGAUUGGUUUUGGAAACUUGACUGAUUUUUUUCUUCCUGUGAGAAUAUUGUCCUACAAACAAUUUGAGAGAUGAAAUUUUUUUCUGAAUACUUGUUUGGAGUAAUGAAGACUGUGCCCUCAACUUGCAAAGGGUCAGAACUAGACCAAAAUAGUUCAUCCAUCACCUCUCAUGAACAAGUGCAGGUCAUUGUAGAAACCACCUGUCGUAUCCUGGGAUUUUGUCCAAUUGUUGAUGCUCAAAAAUCUUUGCAGUGAAAUUUCUGAACAGUUGAGAAGGUAAUAUUUUAUUUAUGUAUUGCUCUGUCUUCUCCAGUCUUAUUGCUAUAACAACAGGUGUGAGGUAGAUUGGGAUAAGAGAGAAAAUGACUGGUCAUAGGUCAUCCUAGUGAGUUGCCAUCAUUAAGAAUGGAUAAGAUGUUAAAAGCAGAUCCAAGAUCAAUCCUCCCAGUCUUAAUCCCACAAUUUAGCUACUCCACUACAUUGUGUCUCUAUUUGAAGGAUAGAAUAGAAUAGAAUAGAAUAGAAUAGAAUAGAAUAGAAUAGAAUAGAAUAGAAUAGAAUAGAAUAGAAUAGAAUAGAAUAGAAUUUUAUUGGCCAAGUGUGAUUGGACACACAAGGAAUUUGUCUUGGUGCAUAUGCUCUCAGUGUACAUAAAAGAAAAGAUACGUUCAUCAAGGUACAACAUUUACAACACAAUUGAUGGUCAAUAUAUCAAUAUAAAUCAUAAGGAUUGCCAGCAACAAGUUAUAGUCAUACAGGAUAUAAUAAUUGAAGAAGUCUUGAUAAGGCUUUUCCCUAUAACUAAAGGCUUGGUGUAGGGACAGAGAUUCAAAGAUAGGAAUCAUCAUCUUCAAACUUAGUGAAAAAACCAAAAAAUAUUAAGAUCUAAAUACAAAGUGAACUAGCCUCAAGUGCAGACUGGAAAAAAACAUCUGAUAAGGUAUAUAACAAACUAUAUACAGUGGAUCAUUAAAUAAAUUGUUAACAAAAAGUAAGGCUAAAUCAUGAAUAACACUAAACCAGGUCUCUUAAGCAUGGUUUGUUGAAUUGUUUUUGAUGCUGCAGGGCUCACCAUGUGUUUGUGUGAGGUUGUGGGGGGAUUUCCUAUGUAUGGAUCAUUUUUGUUGGAUUUUAUGUGUGAGAGAUUCUUUCAUAGUUUGGGAGUCUUGUGCAUUUUUAUUAGUUUGUUUCAUUUUUGUGAGGUAUUUUGGUAUAGGGUGUAUGUUUGGGAGAUUUUUGUGGUGUGAUUUUGUCUGUGUUGUAUGUGUGAGCAUUUAUGGAUAUGUAUUUGAAAGGGUUUUAGGAGUCAGAUAGGUGUUCUUACCUUGCCCUUUUAUUCAUUGGACAGAUAAAGUAGAAGCAGCAAUUUACAAAUAAGCCAGAAUUCUGGGCUCAGAUAUCACAAUGAGCCUUGAUUAAAAUGAACCAUGCUUAGUUGCCAUAUAAGCCAUGGGUUGUUGCUGGGGUGAGUUCAAAUGUUCAAAUAAUUUAAAAAUAAGCAAAACAAAUUCUAGCUAAGCUUAUUGUUAUGGGCAAAUCCUAAUUCCCAAUACAUGUAUGAGUGGGAUUACUCAAAAGGAAAUUGUAAAUGUAUAUUAUAAAAGGUAAGUUUUUCAAAACGCAUAAAUUAGAUUAGCACUUGAACCACUUAACAUUUGAGAUAGAUUUGUAUUUUCUGAUUUUUCUGUCUAAACAUUUUUAAAACUUUAUUGCAUUUGAUUUCCCUUGCCACCUUAUUUUUGUCCUGCAGUAGCAAACGUAUGACUUUCAGCAGGGAAUUUUAGGAUUCCAAUGAAUUGCCAAAUUCUAGGUGGGCAAAGCCAAUCGUUCCCUCCUACCCAUCACCUAGCCAAUUUUGGUUUUGCUUUGUGUUUUUUUCAAAAGGAAGAAAUGUUACUAAACACCUUCAUUUUCUUCAGUCAAGUAGUAGCUCCUAAAAAAGAGGGAUUUAAAAAUGUAUAAAAUGUAUUUGCUGUACUGUAAAAAUGUUCGGUUUUUAAAGCAAACCAUAUUAGACUCUUGAUCACUUGUGUAGAUCUCAAUAUAAAAAUUCAUUGUUUUACUAAGAUGCUAUUUAUGAUCGAAAAGAAAUGGCUUCACUAUUAUAAUACUAUCAAAACUGCACUAUCAGAAGCAAUAUUAAGUUUAAAAAGUGGACAUUUCAAGAAUAAAAUAUUACUUAAACCAUAUUAACAUUGAAACUAUGUUUUAGUGAUGUACAAAUUCCCAAAAGUUAAAUAAAUAUUGCCAGGUAAAAUGGCAAAAGGAUUAAAAAUAAUACAAUAAGUAUCA